CCGAGCGGAAGGGCAGAUACGUAAAUUCCCUACGUACUCUCCUGUCCUCUUCCUCCUCCUAAAACAUCGCACCGCUCUGCAAAAACCCUAAACCCUCCAUGGCCGUCCCUCGCUGACCUCGGCAGAAGAGCACGCGAAAUCUCCACCGGAGGUCGCCGGAGGCUCGCCGCUCGCCGCUCCCCCCCAAUCGCCGCCGACGAUGAAGCCACCCAAGUCGAAGCAGUCCCGCAAGCAGAAGCGCCUCUCGGAGGUCCAGGAGAUCGAGCUCCUGGACGCGUGGAUCGAGUCCCGCAAGCCCGAUUCGGGCUCCAAUCCCCUGUCGCUGCCUCCGCCUCCGCCGUCCCCUCCCGGCGCGCCGCGGGACGACGGCGCCGCCGCCACCGCCUCGCUCCCUCCCUACGCCGGGUCCACGAAGUUCGACCAGCUGCCGAUAUCGAACAGGACGAAGGACGGCCUGCGCGACGCCAAGUACGUGAAGAUGACCGAUAUCCAGAGAGCUUCGCUGCCCCACUCGCUCUGCGGUAGAGAUGUUCUCGGCGCGGCGAAGACUGGGUCAGGGAAGACUCUGGCUUUUCUCAUUCCGGUAUUGGAGAAAUUGUACAGAGAACGAUGGGGUCCCGAGGACGGGGUAGGAAGCAUCAUAAUAUCUCCUACGAGGGAAUUAGCUGGUCAGCUUUUCGAUGUGUUGAAAGCUGUUGGGAAGUACCAUGGCUUCAGCGCUGGUCUUCUCAUUGGUGGCCGCAAGGAUGUUGACCUGGAAAAGCAGAGCGUAAACGACCUUAACAUAUUGGUCUGUACUCCGGGCCGGCUUCUCCAGCAUAUGGACGAGACUCCGAACUUUGAUUGCUCACAGCUUAAGGUCUUGGUCCUUGAUGAGGCAGAUCGUAUUCUUGACGUUGGAUUUAAGAAGUCUCUAAAUGCAAUUAUUUCGCAGCUACCUAAACAUAGACAAACCAUGCUUUAUUCUGCAACCCAGACAAAGUCAGUCCAGGAUCUUGCAAGGCUUAGUUUGAAGGACCCUGAGUAUGUAAGUGUGCACGAGGAGUCUGUGACGGCGACUCCAAACCGCUUGCAGCAAACUGCUAUGGCUGUUCCGCUUGAGCAGAAGCUGGACUUGUUGUGGAGCUUUAUUAAGACACAUCUCAAAUCCCGGAUUCUUGUGUUUCUCUCGAGUUGUAAGCAGGUGAAAUUUGUCUAUGAAGCAUUUAAGAAACUUCGUCCGGGAAUUCCCUUGAAAUGUCUUCAUGGAAGGAUGAAGCAGGAGAAAAGGAUGGGAAUAUAUUCUGAAUUUUGUGAGAAGAGGUCUGUUCUUUUUUCAACUGACGUGGCUUCUAGAGGUCUUGAUUUCAAUAAGGCAGUGGACUGGGUCGUUCAGGUCGAUUGUCCAGAAGACGUUGCAUCUUACAUUCAUCGAGUCGGUCGCACAGCUCGAUAUUUGUCUGGAGGAAGGUCAGUUUUGUUUCUGAUGCCAUCAGAAAUGAAAAUGCUUGAAAAAUUAAGUGCUGCCAAAAUUCCUUUAGAACUUGUUAAGGCAAACGAAAAAAGGUUCCAACCAGUUUCUGGCUUGUUGUCGGCCUUGCUUGUCAAGUAUCCAAAUAUUCAGUAUCUUGCUCAAAGGGCCUUCAUCACAUAUCUGCGGUCGAUCCAUAUACAGAAAGAUAAAGAGAUCUUUGAUGUGAUGAAACUCCCUGUUGAUGAUUUCUCAGCAUCAUUUGGUCUACCGAUGACUCCUAAGAUUCGUUUCUUAAACCAGAAAAUUAAGUCCAAAACAGUCCCACAAGAAUCUUUACCACAUGAACCAGAGGAUGCUGUGGGCAGAAGUGAAUUGAAGGUCUCAACAAGGACUCUGUUGGUGAAUGACUCUAAACAAGAUGAAGAGAACAAUUUACUUUUGACUGAUGAUGAUGUGGAUGAAGCUCAGCCAAAAGCUAAUGAACUUGAAGAUGUAAUACUGGCGACUCGGGUCUUGAAGAAAAAGAAGCUUAAAAUCAAUGUCAAUAGGCCAGUGGGAACUAGAGUUGUCUUCGAUGAUGAAGGCAAUACCCUACCCCCGCUUGCUAGGAUAGCAGAGACUCAGAGUUCAGAUGGUGCUCUUUUGCUUGACAAAGGGAAGAAAGACGAGUACUAUAAGAGGAUGAGAGAGGAGAUGAAGCAAGUGGAUAAAGAAGACAAAUUCCUAGAGCAACAGCGCCGCAGGGAAAGAAGACUCAAGCAAAAGAUGAAACUGAAGGGAGGGAAACUUGAAGACGAUGACGAUGAGGGUGAGAGUGAGCUUUCCGGGUCAGACAGUGAAGCUAUGGAGAACAGAAACCGAAAGAAGUCGAAGAUAUAUUUUGACAGUGAUGAUGAUGAUGGCACACGAAAAGAAACCAACGAUAAGAUCGAUAAGAAGUCUGACGCUAUAUCUUUGGCAGAUCAAGAGGCAUUGGCUCUUAAGCUGCUGAGUUCAAUGCACUAAUGAAUUAACUUUAUAAUGAUGAAUCUAGUCGUGAGAUUAUUUUCUUCCGACUGGCUUUACCAAGUUUUGUCCCUGUUAUUUAACUCUUAAUCCGGCACAUGUAUUGCUUAGUUGAGGCAGAGACUGCAUCUGGAUGUUUUUUAUGCGAGAGCAUCGUACAUAUUUAUAA